AUCCAGUGGCAUCGUCAUCUCGACGAUAACAACUACCCCUAUGCCGGUGAGGGGUGGAAUUAUCCCUUCCCCGGCAUUCUUCGAUCCCGGAAUAUGCUCCACGAACUCCUUCCAAUCAAUCAUUCCCCUCAACUCAAUCACCUCCAAUUCACAAAUCCGAGCGAGCUGCAUCCGGCGGGCCUCCUCGGUUUCCCGGUUCCUGUGCGGGUCGCGUAGAGAUCCUUACUCCGAAUUGGAUUUGGUAUCCUGCUCUCUUGCUCAUUGGGUUCGGAUUGCCCUGAGUUUUGAUCUGUUUACUCUGCUGUGUCCAUCGAAUUAGGCGGAAGAUUGGAGGGUAGCUCCGGCAGCGGCGGUUCCUGAUCCCUCCCCGUGGAGGUACCACGUCAAUCGCGUGUUGGAUUGGCGUAAAGAUCGGAUUUUUUUGGAAGGGUUUGGCGGUAAGGAUCGAAUUUUGGGGAGGAUUUUGUUACUUGGGACUGGAGCGCUCAUAGAUUUUUGUCAAUUCGGUGUGAUUGAAAGGGAUAGAAAUUGCUUUUUUUUUUGGUAAAAUUGGAUGGCUGUCGUGGCUGCUGUGAAUCGUGCCUGGUUGUGGUGAAAGGAUUGAUUCUUCUGGUAUGGGUGGUCGUGGACGGCCGUAAUGCCCUUGCUAGAGGUUGGAGGAUUCCACGAUUUGAUGGUCUGUGCUGUCCGGGAGCUCGUCGGCGGUGGGCAAGAUGUACGCCGUGGGGAAGUUCAGCAGCCUCAUCUCCCGCAGCGUGUACACCGUCUCCGGCCCGUUCCACCCGUUCGGCGGCGCGGUCGACAUUGUUGUCGUGCAGCAGCAGGACGGCAGCUUCAAGAGCUCGCCGUGGUACGUCCGGUUUGGCAAGUUCCAGGGGGUUCUCAAGUCAAGGGAGAAGGUCGUCAACAUCUCUGUCAAUGGCGUUGAAGCUGGGUUCCACAUGUACUUGGACGGCAAUGGCGAGGCUUACUUCCUUAGGAAUGCAGACCCGAACGGCGAGGAAGGUGAAUUUGUUCUGUCCCCCGCAUCAUCAGGUGAUGAGCGGGAGGUACCAAUCCAGGAAGCUCAGUUGAGGAAGUCGAAGAGCACUUCGUGUGAUAGCUCCACGAUGGAGGCUGAUGUUGGGGAGGAGAGCAAGAUACUCGCGAGGACAACCACAAGGCAGACCACCAUACUUGAACGGAUGUUUGGUCGGAAAUCAGUUAAGAACAAUGCACAUGCUGUGGAUAGAGUGAGCUCAUUAGAGCGGGCAGAGAUUGCUGCCGAACUCCUUGAUACAAAGUGGUCGACAAAUCUCCCGCGGAGUUCGAAAUCUCACAGUUCUAAUGAUGAAUCUUCCAAGAGCAAGUUGGCAGAAGCUAGCAACUGUGAUCAGAUGGAAACCUCAAAGACUGUACUGCCAGAACAUAGCUUGGACCAUGGGAAAGAGAUGGACUCUAACUGCAAUAGUGCUGACUGCAAUUCUUGUAUUCCUCGUGGAGAAAGAAACAGUUCGGCAGAUGAAACUGAUCAGUGUUUACAAACCACUAGUAUGAAGGAAGAGGUUGUUGAGAUACAUACACAUGAGACUAGUGACUUCACUGAUAGGAUCAUCUCAACCGUGCAUCAACAAGGAUCAGAAUCUUUGUCAAAUGAUCUGGGAACAGAUAAGAGUAUACAUGAGUCUGUCAAUACUGAAGGUGAGUUGCUGCAUAAUUCGGAAGAUGUUGCAGGAAGGGAAAUACACACAAAGGAGGCCUUUUCCAAUGGCAUUUUUGAAAUCCAUACCGUUGAGACAGACACUACAAGCAGUAAGAGUGAGGUGGUUUCUCAGUUUGUCACUGUAGAUUCAGAUGGAGCCAACCAAAAUUUGACAGGUGCCAAUUCACCAGCUUAUGCAACCACAGAUGUACCAACUGAAAAGCAUGAGGUUACGUUGAUCCCUUCUGCACAUGAUCCAGUUCGAGAGAAAGUAGUCAUUCUCAGCAGUUCUGAAACUGUGGAGAUUUCACAAGAUGCAGUUCAAGAGAAAAUGGUCAUUCUCAGCAGUUCUGAGACUCUGGAGAGCUCAUAUGCUGUGUCCAGUAUUUCAGAUGACAAAAUUCAUGAUGCAUCAGAUAUCUCACUGGCUGACAGUGUAGAACGUGAGGAGGAUCCCAGAGUCUCUGAUGGGAGUAAAGAACAGCUAUUUUCUGAGGAAAGGUCAUUUGCAUGCUGCGGUGCUCCCAGCAACAAAAAAGACAUGAUUAAAGUGGUUGUUGAAGAACAUGAAGCUUUUAUCUUAGAAGAUCCAGCUCCCCAGAUCUUGCAAGAUAAUGGUCCAGAUAUGGAUAUUUCUGUGGACUGUGUUUCACUUUCACAUACCGAUGCGGCUCAUGAUUUAGCUUGUCAGCAUGAUGUGGUUUGCCCUGAUGCUUCUUCUAGUGUUAUAGAGACAUCAAGUUAUGUGCCUGACAACGAUCCUGAAGAUGUAACAAAUAACUUAACUGUGGAAAAUAAAGCAUGCAGCAUAGAGCUUGAUGUUUCUGUUACUCAGACCCCAACAAUAGGAGAUGGAUCCACACAAUGCAAUGCUCAGCCAGCUAAUUUUCCCAAUACAAUAGUAGAGAGUUCACCAACUGCUACUGGGUCUUCCAGUUUGGUCAAUGAUCCUGAAGAUGUAACAAACAACUUAAUUGUGGAAAAUAAAGCAUGCAAAAGAGAGCCUGAUGUUUCUGUUACUCUGACCUCAACAAUAGGAGAUGGACCCACAGAAUGCACUGCUCAGUCAGCUAAUUUCCCUAAUAAACUGGAAAUAGCGGGUUCACCAACUAUUCCUGGGUAUUCCAGUUUUGUCAAUGAUCCUGAAGAUGCAACAGAGAACUUAAUUGUGGAAAAUAAAGCAUGCAACAGAGAGCCUGAUGUUUUUGUUACUCUGACCUCAACAAUAGGAGAUGGACCCACAGAAUGCACUGCUCAAUCAGCUAAUUUUCCUAAGAAAAUAGAAAUAGAGAAUUCACCAACUGUUGCUGGGUCUUCCAGUUUGGUCAAUGAUCCUGAAGAUGUAACAGAGAACUUAAUUGUGGAAAAUGAAGCAUGCAACAGAGAGCCUGAUGUUUUUGUCACUCUGACCUCAACAAUAGGAGAUGCACCCACGGAAUGCAUUACUCAGUCAGCUACUUUUCCUAAUAAAAUAGGAGUAGAGGGUUCAUCAACUGCUACCGGGUCUUCCAGCUUGGCCGAUGUUGAAGUGCAAAACACAAAAACAGAAGAUGAAACAGGAAGAUCCAGUUCUGUGAGUGGAGGUGAAGUUGGGUUUGUGCUUGAGGCUACAGCUGAGCCUGAGGAAGCAGCAGUAUCAUUCUCCGAGUAUACAGAAGAAAUUCAGUUUCAAUUUAGUGAUACUGAAUAUUUUGCGGGUAGAGAGGCCAUGGAUGACAAAGUGGCUGACAAAACAGCAGGCGAAGGAGGACAUGACGAAUCUGAUUGCGACACAGAUAAACAGGAAGGAGGUGGUGUAGAUCUUGCAAAUGAAUUGGAAAACUGCUCUGAUUCUUUAAGGCCUGUGACUAGCCCUGUUUCUAUUCCUACAAGUGACCUGCAGACAGGCGAUAACAGCAUAGAGGCUAAGUCUCUACCAAAUCUCCGUUCUCACAUACAUGAUCUUGAAAGGCCUGAUAGUUUUCACCUAAGCCGCUCACUACAACCAAAUGCUGAAAAUAAUGGGGUUGACCCAGUCAAGAGUACGAAUUCUUCUUUUCUUGAGCAGAAACCAGAAGUUACUGGUGAUUCAGAAGAAAAUUCCAGCCCACCUGAGGUUACCAGCAAUGUAGUACCUGAUGACAAGCACGCUGACAACCUGAAAGUUGAUUCAUUCACCCCUUUUGCAGAAUUUUCACUAUGCAGGCACCUGUUAUCUGAAGGCAUGGGGGAGGAUGCUGCUUGCAGUGCAUUUGAUUCUGAGAUGGUAACCUUAGAGAAGUUCCGUACCAUGAAGCAGUCACUAAUGAGAAACAAUAAGCUAGUUGUUAGGAUUGCUGGCCGCUAUUUUCCCUGGGAUGCAGCUGCGCCUAUAGUGCUCGGUUUGAUCUCUUUCAGCGAGGAACAAGUUUUUGAACCCAAAGGCAUGAUAAAGGUGGAGCGAGUUGAGCCAAGUGCAGAACCAGGUGGGAGCUGGAGAAUCUGGCCAUUUAGUUUCAGACGUACAAGGACUAUUAGUGCUGUCCAGCCAGUUUGUGAAAGCACUGUUGAGACUUCUGUAUCCACUCCUGCUAAAGAAUCGACACCUGUUAACAAAUUAGAUAGAGAAAGGAAUAAAUCCAAGGCAAAGAGGAUUGAGAGGAAGGUGCGAUCACUCACUCCAACAUCUGAGGAGCUCGCAUCUCUUGAUCUUAGAGAAGGCAAGAACGUGGUAACAUUUACCUUCUCAACUGCAAUUGUUGGGAAACAGCAGGUUGAUUGUCACAUAUAUUUAUGGAAAUGGAAUACGCGCAUUGUCAUAUCAGAUGUGGAUGGAACUAUCACCAAAUCUGACGUUCUUGGCCAGUUCAUGCCAUUGGUUGGUGUUGAUUGGUCUCAAAAUGGAGUUGCUCAUUUGUUUUCUGCAAUAAAGGAAAAUGGAUAUCAGCUUCUAUUUCUGAGUGCACGCGCUAUUUCACAAGCCCACAUUACAAGGCGGUUUCUUUUCAGCUUAAAGCAGGAUGGCAAAGCACUUCCUGAUGGCCCUGUUGUUAUAUCUCCAGAUGGUCUCUUCCCUUCACUUUACAGAGAAGUUAUCAGAAGAGCUCCUCAUGAAUUCAAGAUUUCAUGCCUAGAGGCUAUCAAAGAUUUAUUUCCUCCUGACUCGAAUCCAUUUUAUGCUGGAUUCGGAAAUAGAGAUACAGAUGAGCUUAGUUACCUCAAAGUUGGUAUUCCUAUGGGCAAAAUCUUCAUAAUAAACCCCAAGGGUGAAGUUGCAGUAAAUCGGCGAGUUGAUACAAAGUCAUACACGUCUCUGCAUGCUCUUGUCCAUGGAAUGUUCCCACCAAUAUCGUCAUCUUCGGAGCAGGAGGACUACAAUACCUGGAAUUACUGGAAAAUGCCAUUGCCUGAUGUUGAUAUGUGAGGUACAAGUGAAGUCUGCACAACAAUGCUGCGCUAAUUUUAUAAUGCGCCACAGUGGUGAUGAGAAGAAAACCAUGGUGAAGGUAGCACCCUGAGCUGUUUCUGCAGGCCAAUCGUUGGUUGGCUACGUGUGGAUGCUCCUAAUAUAAGCACCUGCAAGAUCGAAACUGUAUAUAUAGGAUCAUAAUAGAGGACUUGCGAUCUGUACGCUGAUGAGGCAGCAGAAGCAAUAUAGCUGUUUCUUGUCAAUCCAUCUGUUGUUGUUGGACUGAACCUUCUUGUCCUGUAACUGAGAGGUGUAUAAUUUACUGAAUGGAGGGAUCUGAUAGUGUUGUUUCGUCUCAUCCUUCUUGGUGUAAUUGUGGUGCCAUUGUAAUCUGUACAAGAGCAGUUCAAUAAUACAAUAGAAUGUCAGCUUUGUUCAUUU